UUGAGGUAAAUGUCCUUUUUUUAAUGCAGGUCUGCCCUUUUUUCAUGUGUAGUGUCUGGCAACCCUGCCGUAGUCAGCCCGGCGGCCGGCCAGUUUACCGUGAGCCGCGUGCACUUGGCAGGAUAAGGCGCUGGCCGUGAGGGGUGGAGAUGAAGAUGCCGAUAUCUAUAGUAGCGAAAAGAAUAUUGUGUGUGUAGCCUCUCAGUAAUCAGGGGUUAACUAUUUAAACAUGGUUGAGGACACAAAGUGGACAGUGGAGUGUGGGUGCCUGCUAGUGACACGGACAGCCGCCGCCGAGCAGUUUUUGGCUAACUGUCUGGCAACCCUGGCUCAGCUGGUGCGGCAGUGGUGCCUGCCAGUGGUGAUGCGCUCCGCCGGUGAUGAGUUGAGCCAGUCUUCCCUUCACGUUGUAUUCUGAUCUGUGGGUGUUAUGAGGAAGUUACCGCAGGCGAGCCGUUUGGCCGACUACAUCCACAAGGGUAUUGUGCUAACCUGUGUUGGCAUCACUCUGUUUGGCACUAUGAACCUCGGCCUGCGUGUGUACAACUACUACUCUGUGAUCAAGCCCCAGCGUGACAGAGAGGAGGAGAGGCUCCGUCUGGCUGAGAAAGAAGCCGGUGCUGCCGAGCUGGAGAUGACCGACACUGCCUUGCCUCUCAAGGCUUAGCAAGCAUUCUUUAAACUUUAACUCUUUCUCUUGAGAACUUUUUGUUGCUUUAUCAUUUUAUUACAAUAUCAUAGUAACUGCAAGUUCAGUUAGUGUUACUACAGUAUAUUUUCAUAAAUCACAAGUGGUUCACUGAUUUUUACUGAAAAGAACUCUACAACCAUGCUGAGCUCGGUGUGUCGUGCUGCUCGCCUGGCUGCUGGCCGUGUGACUGGCACUGCCAGCCGCCGCUGGGUGAGCCAGACUACCAUGCUGAGUCAGGCACCCACUGAGAUUCCCCCAGCACUAUGGAAGCUUGGCAAGCUGAACCAUGUGGCCAUUGCCACUCCAGACUUGGAGAAGAGCACUGCCCUCUACAGGGAUGUGCUGGGCGCCGAGGUAAGUGGAGUGGAGGCGCUGCCCGACCACGGGGUGUACACAGUGUUUGUCAAGCUGGACAACACCAAGCUGGAGCUGCUACACCCACUCGGGGACAACAGCCCCAUCCAGAAUUUCCUGGACAAGAACAAGAAUGGAGGGAUGCACCACAUUUGCAUUGAGGUGAACGACAUCCAGGCCGCCAUGAAGGACCUCACCACACAGAACAUACGGUGCCUGAGCAAGGAGCCCAAGAUAGGAGCACACGGCAAGCCUGUGGUGUUCCUGCAUCCCAAGGACUGUGCUGGGGUGCUGGUGGAGCUGGAGGAGGUGUGAGGUGGGUUGGUGGGCGUGUCUCCUUUCUUAACGUAGGACAGGGUUUUGUUUAUCCAUCCUUAUAUUUAUAUUAUCAACAAGUUAGAAGUUUGAAGAUAUGUCAUGAUGAAAUAAGAUGUGGUUACUACAAAUACUAACACUUCAAUAUAUUGCAGUGUAAUAGUUUUGUUUGACAUAGAUGUUUGGAUUAAGAAUUUACUCUGCAUUGAUUGUAUUUUGGAAAAAAGAUGUUGCUUUAUAGUGCAAUGUAGGUAUGGUAUAGUGAUCGUGUGGCCCAAUAGUUCAUAGUUGUGUUUUCAUGGUUUUGAGAUGUUAAGUACUUGGUUCAUCAAAUAGCUGAAGAAUAUUGCUUUUGAAGAUACACUGCUUUGGUAUUUCCUUUCCAUGCAGAUCACAUGGCAAAAGAUAUUUAAGAUCUAGAGGUUUGAAGUGCUUAGUUUCAAUGAAUAGCUCAAGAAACACUGCAGUAGAACAUACUUUAUUUAGGUCUUUGUUUCCUCUUAUAACUUAAUUACAAAAAAUGUCAUAGGUGUUAUUACCAUUUGGUUAUAAUUUCCAUUGUGUAAAUAAAUAAUUAUACUGAUUUAA